AUGCGGCAGGUUUGCUGCUCAGCGCUGCCGCCGCCGCCACUGGAGAAGGCUCCGUGCAGCAGCUACAGCGACAGCAGCAGCAACAGCAGCAGCAAGAGGAGCAGCAGCAGCAGCAGCAGCAGCAGCAGCAGCAGCAGCAGCAGCAGCAGCAGCAGCAGCCGCCACAGCAGCAUCUCCCGUCCCGCUGCGCCCCCAGAGCCGCGGCCGCCGCAACAGCCGCAGCCCCGCAGCCCCGCAGCCCGGAGAGCCGCCGCCCGCUCGCGAGCCGCAGCCGCCGGCGGCAUGAGGCGCGACCCGGCCCCCGGCUUCUCCAUGCUGCUCUUCGGUGUGUCGCUUGCCUGCUACUCGCCUAGCCUCAAGUCGGUGCAGGACCAGGCGUACAAGGCACCCGUGGUGGUGGAGGGCAAGGUACAGGGGCUGGCGCCGGCCGGCGGAUCCGGCUCCAACAGCACCCGUGAGCCGCCCGCCUCGGGUCGGGUGGCGCUGGUGAAGGUGCUGGACAAGUGGCCGCUCCGGAGCGGGGGGCUGCAGCGCGAGCAGGUGAUCAGCGUGGGCUCCUGCGCGCCGCUCGAGAGGAACCAGCGCUACAUCUUUUUCCUGGAGCCCACGGAGCAGCCCUUCGUCUUUAAGACGGCGUUUGCCCCCCUCGACACCAACGGCAAAAACCUCAAGAAAGAGGUGGGCAAGAUCCUGUGCACUGACUGCGCCACCCGGCCCAAGCUGAAGAAGAUGAAGAGUCAGACGGGACAGGUGGGGGAGAAACAAUCGCUGAAGUGUGAGGCAGUAGCCGGUAACCCCCUGCCCUCCUACCGCUGGUUCAAGGAUGGCAAGGAGCUCAACCGCAGCCGCGACAUUCGCAUCAAGUACGGCAAUGGCAGAAAGAACUCACGACUACAGUUCAACAAGGUGAAGGUGGAGGACGCAGGGGAGUACGUCUGCGAGGCCGAGAACAUCCUGGGGAAGGACACAGUCAGAGGCCGGCUCUACGUCAACAGCGUGAGCACCACUCUGUCAUCCUGGUCGGGGCACGCCCGGAAGUGCAACGAGACAGCCAAGUCCUAUUGUGUCAACGGCGGCGUCUGCUACUACAUCGAGGGCAUCAACCAGCUCUCCUGCAAAUGUCCAAACGGAUUCUUCGGACAGAGAUGUUUGGAGAAACUGCCUUUGCGAUUGUACAUGCCAGAUCCUAAGCAAAAGCACCUUGGAUUUGAACUAAAGGAAGCCGAGGAGCUGUACCAGAAGAGGGUCCUGACUAUCACUGGCAUCUGCGUGGCUCUGCUUGUUGUGGGCAUCGUCUGCGUGGUCGCCUACUGCAAGACCAAAAAACAGCGGAAGCAGGUGCACAACCACCUCCGGCAGAACAUGUGUCCAGCCCAUCAGAACCGGAGCCUGGCCAAUGGGCCCAGCCACCCCCGGCUGGACCCCGAGGAGAUCCAGAUGGCAGAUUAUAUCUCCAAGAACGUGCCAGCCACAGACCACGUCAUCCGAAGGGAAACCGAGACCACCUUCUCCGGGAGCCACUCCUGUUCUCCGUCUCACCACUGCUCCACAGCCACACCCACUUCCAGCCACAGGCAUGAGAGCCACACAUGGAGCCUGGAACGUUCUGAGAGCCUGACCUCCGACUCGCAGUCGGGCAUCAUGCUGUCAUCAGUGGGUACCAGCAAGUGCAACAGCCCAGCAUGCGUGGAGGCCCGAGCACGGCGGGCAGCAGCCUACAGCCUGGAAGAGCAGCGCAGGGCCACUGUGCCACCUUACCAUGACUCCAUAGACUCCCUGCGUGACUCUCCACACAGCGAGAGGUAUGUGUCGGCCCUGACCACGCCCGCGCGCCUCUCCCCGGUGGACUUCCACUACUCGCUGGCCACGCAGGUGCCCACUUUCGAGAUCACGUCCCCCAACUCGGCGCACGCUGUGUCGCUCCCUCCAGCCGCGCCCUUCAGCUACCGCCUGGCGGAGCAGCAGCCGCUCCUGCGGCACCCGGCGCCCCCCGAGCCCGGGCCCGGCGCCGACAUGCAGCGCAGCUACGACAGCUACUACUACCCCGUGGGGGGGCCCGGGCCGCGGCGCGGCGCCUGCGGCCUGGGCGGUAGCCUGGGCAGCCUGCCCGCCAGCCCCUUCCGCAUCCCCGAGGACGACGAGUACGAGACCACGCAGGAGUGCGCGCCUCCGCCGCCGCCGCGCGCUCGUGGCGCGUCCCGCAGGACGUCGGCGGGGCCCCGGCGCUGGCGCCGUUCGCGCCUCAACGGGCUGGCGGCGCAGCGCGCACGCGCGGCGCGGGACUCGCUGUCACUGAGCAGCGGCUCGGGAGGCGGCUCGGCCUCCGCCUCGGACGAGGACCCGGACGACGCGGACGGGGCGCUGGCGGCCGAGAGCACGCCCUUCCUCGGCCUGCGCGCGGCGCACGACGCGCUGCGCUCGGACUCGCCGCCGCUGUGCGGGGCGGCGGACAGCAGGACUUACUACUCCCUGGAGAGCCACAGCACGCAGGCCAGCAGCAGACACAGCCGCGGGCCCGCGCGGGCCAAGCAGGACUCGGCGCCCCUCUAGGGCCCGCCUCCCUCCCCUGUCUUUAAGGAGAAGGGCGACCACCAACUGGAGAAAGGAGGAAAAAAAAGAAAUAAAAAUAUUUUUAUUUUCUAUAAAAG